ACGAUUUCAAAACACCUAUUACUGUCACCGUGUCUAAACAUUUAAACAACAACAAAACAUCAUAAACGCGUUUUACCUCAAAACGCAUAUAACCUUUUAUCACCCAGUACAUAUUCACAGUUUGCGGUGAACAUUCCGCCCGCAAGAUUCUUAUUUUCUAUAAGUAUUUAUGGUUCUAUAUGUCUGGAGCGCGCCAUGCGGCUAAAAAAGAUUAUGACAUCCCUCGCGAAGCGACAGCCCUAUAAAUCCUACUUACAUACAACCUCCAACCAAAAAUACACCUUAAACGAAAUACAUUAGAGUUGGGUUUAAGCCGUUACUGUUGAUAGAUACGUCGCCACAAAUUCAAUGAUGCUCAGCUUAAUUUAUAGCCCGCUAUUCAAUAUCGAUCUGUAACUCCCGAGCGUAUGGUUUAUUAUCGUUUAGCAGCGAAGUGUAUCCUACUCGAAUAAAUCUAUAAUAUGAAGGCGGGAGCGUGGUGGGGCUAGCGCCGCCCAGCGCUCGCCAUGGCAGUGAGGUGCGAGCCGGCGCCGAAGGACCAUGUGUUGUAGUGUUGUGCUCCGUGUGUGAACGAUGGUGUUAGAAGGCGGGCUGCCGGCGCCGCUGCAGCUUUACGCGGCGGCGGCGGCGGGGCUCGCGCCGCGCCCGGCAUGGCCGCCGUUCCUGCCGUUCUUCGGCGUGCCGCCGCCGUUCCUGGCGCGGCCGCGGCUGCCGCACCCGCUGCCGGCGCGCGCGCCGCACGGGCCGCCCAGCGAGGACAGCAAUGAGGAUGGCGGGAGCAGUAAAGGUGGCGUGGACGACGACGGCGACAGCGGCAAGCGGCGGCGCUCGCGCACCAACUUCAACUCCUGGCAGCUGGAGGAGCUGGAGCGAGCCUUCCUGGCUUCACACUACCCUGACGUGUUCAUGAGAGAAGCCUUAGCUAUGAGGCUGGACCUUAAGGAGAGCAGAGUUGCUGUAUGGUUCCAAAACCGACGAGCAAAAUGGCGGAAGAAGGAACACACAAAAAAGGGUCCCGGACGGCCGGCGCACAACGCGCACCCACAAUCCUGUUCUGGAGAACCCAUACCGCCACACGAGCUGAGGGCCCGCGAGAGGGCGAGAAGAAGAAAGAAGUUGGCUAAAGCGCUCGACCGGCAAGCUCGCAAGCUGCGCGCGAAGGGCAUCGCCGUCGACCUGGAGGCCCUCAAAGCUGAGUACCUGGCUCAGCACAGGAACAGUGGCCUCUACUCCGACUCCGACGGAGAUGUGGACGGAGAGGACAGCAUGAUCGACGUGGUUGGAGGAGACUCCUGCCAUGAUUCCGGCCCUGAAGACUUCUCUCUGUCCAGUAGACUUCGAGCGCCUGCACACGGAGACGCUAUCAACAACUCAGACAGUUCCACUUCAGACGCACAUUCAGGGAGAAACUUCAGCCCUCUCCCGGACCCUCAGCAGGCGUUCUUCAAGCACUUCGGACCCUCGAACUUCGAGAAAUUCGACUUUGACUCAGGCCGCGCGGUAUCUUUAGACCUCAGCGGCGGGAGUACGUCGGAACAAGACCUGUCGAAGAACGGGGGCAGAAAGCACAACCCGUUCAGUAUAGAGUCCCUGCUUAAUACGUGAAAGUGACUUUGAAUAGUGACUAUAGAGGCUCUUAUUGCCCAGGUGUGAAGAGCCUGUUUACUUGUGUGAAUAGCGUUUUUGACGUUGCCCGAUAAAUAAUGUGCAUAUAGACAAGAUAUCAAUUUCAUGACGAGUAAGUUCUAAUUAUAUGUACCUAUCUUAUAAAUAAUGUAACAAAGUAAUGACUGUUAUAUGGAACACACUUGAACUUUUGAUUGUAUUUGGAGAACGUUUAUGUCACACUUUAUUGUGCAUUUAGAGAUAGAUACGUCUUAAUCUUACAUGACAAUGUUUAGGCGCCUAUUUCAUAAAUUAAGCAAGUGACAGAAUAAAUAUGAAAAUUUGAAACGUGUAGCUUCCCUGGGACCCAGAACAAUGUAAGGCGAUCAUAAGCCGUACCAAUUAUAUAAAAAAAAUAUAUUUCAGACUUAUUUGCCGAUAUUACAUAAAAUUACAAUAAAAUCAGAAUUGAAUAAUUAUAUGAUAAUUGUACACUAAAAACAACGAAAAUUAAUUAAAACUAAUGAAAAAUGUUGCAAUAAAGUUGAGCUCCGUUUGUCAUAGUAGAGUUGUAAAUGUCAAAUGAAAACUGUCUUCUAUCACCUUCUUCAUUUUUGAAAUAGCUAGCGGUUUUGGGAAAGCGCGUGUUUUGAUACAGUAGACAGGUUGUUCAUACCUGGACUCAGUAAAUUGAUGAAAGGUUUGCUUUAAUAUAUAACUGAUUAUCAUUAGUUCUACUCUGCUUCAGUAAAGACUUGAUAGAGCAGGCAGAGGUGCAUUUAAUUACCAUUUUGUAGAGUAUAACAUUGCUGUAAGAUUUUUAACAGGCGCUUACAGAAACUUUUGUUAAAACACCAUAUCUUUUAUAUUUUUCCUCCUACACCAUUAUUUUCGAACGUGAUUGAGCAUAUAAUAGAGUUAGACCAAGACAAAUCUGCAGCGAUUUUGAUAGGCCACUCAGUGCAAGUGUUAUUUAUACGUUAUAAUUUAAUAGAGGUUUGACGUUUAAAAUAACACUUGCACCUCGUGGGCUAUCUAAAUCGCUGCAGAACAUUCUUGGUCUAACACUAUAAGUUUUCGAUUUUUAACAAAACAUAUUGUUUUCAAUGUAUUAUACGUACACACCAGGUAUUAUUAACUAAAAUAGAAAUUCAGAUAUCAUUAUGAUGUCAAAAUGUGAUUGGUCUCAUGGUCUUAAUAAAAGUUUCUGAAAACGCCCAAAUGGUACUUAAAUGUGACUUAGACUGUAUCAAAUAAAGGUGACCUUCGGAUGUCAACUGCAGAUGCAUUACUGUCAAUUUCCAUGAUAAAAUGAGUGACGUUCGCCGCCGCAACUGCCACGAUUAUGACGUUCAUUCCGUCACUCACAUUUUAUCAAGGAAUUUGACAGAUACUCGUAUAGCAUUGGCUACA